CGUCCCUUCUCUUUCCUCAGGGCUCUGCCGUCCGAAGUGGAGGUUUUAGAGGCCAUAUACCUGGAUGAGCUGCAGGUGUCUCGAGGAAAGGGCAGGUCAGCACCCUGGGAAAUCUGCAUUACCCUGCACCCUGCAACAGCGGAGGAUCAGGACUCUCAGUAUGUCUGCUUCACACUUGUGCUGUCCAUGUCCCCACAGUAUCCAAAUGAAGUGCCGAAAAUCUCCAUCCGGAAUCCUCGGGGGCUGUCUGAUGAGCAGAUCCAGAAGAUUUCUCAGACGCUGGGACAAGUUGCAGAGGCUGGGGUGGGGACAGCGGUGCUGUAUGAACUGAUUGAGAAAGGGAAGGAAAUUCUCACUGACAACAACAUUCCUCAUGGCCAGUGCGUGAUCUGUCUCUACGGCUUCCAGCGUCCCGGGGGCGCACGCGGGGACCACUACUUCCACUCUCACUGCCUGGCUCGCUACGCCCAGCACAUGGAGCAGCAAAUCCACCUGCAGCGGGAAGAGAGAGAGCAGCACCUGGCGUCUCCCUCCAAGCAGGGAGCCGGCGUGCAGUGCCCCGUCUGCAGGGAACCGCUGGUCUAUGACCUCUCUGCUCUGCAGGCAGCCCCGCCCCCACAGCACCCCAUGGAGCCGUACAAGCCCGAUGCCAAGACGCUGCAGGCCCGGGAGGAGCUGCGCAGAAUCUACCGAAGGCAGCAGGAGAAAGGGGGCAUCAUUGACCCGGAGGCAGAAAGAAACCGUUACUUCAUCAGCCUGCAGGCGCCUCCGGCAGCUGCUGAUCUCGGCCACGGAGCUGCCUCCGAGCUGUCGCCGCCUGAAAACGCUGAGGCUGCUAGUGAGCAGCUCUGCCAAGCUCCGGGUGUUCUGGAGCCUGCCGGGCCCCCCCGAGCUCUCCCGCUAGAGAGAGAACCAGGGCAGCUGGCGAAAGCCUCCAUCCCGCUGGAGCAGCAGAGCAAGAGAGACAGGCGCCGGGUAGAGAGGCCGGAGUUCAGAGGCCAGGGCAGGCAGCCGUACAGCGACGCCCAAGCAGCAGCUGCAGAAACUUACCGCCUUCUCCAUGGCUCGGGGGGACCCAGCAGCUUCGCCUGGAGACCCGACGGGAGCAAGAGACCCAGUGGGAGAUCCAGCUGGGAGUUCCCUAAACCGCACAGCAGAGGCAGGGGCGCUGCCUUGGCUGAUGGGAAAGAUGCGGGCCCUGAGGGGCUCUUGCUGGUGAAAGGGGCGAAUCCUGGUGUGGGCAGACAGGCACCAGAGCCAGGAGCUGAGACCCAGGGCAGGGAGAAGGAAAACCUGGCCCUAAACCAUCGUGACGCCAGGGGACCCACCAGCUGGCAGGGCUAUCACAGGACCUGGGACUGUGUGAGAUGGGAGAAGUCCUGGGGCAGAGAGCGUGGGUCCUAUCCCCGGGCACCACGGGGGCGAGGGGCAUUCAGGCCCAGUGGAAGGAGAGACCCCCAUGGCCAGGUGAAGGAGGAUGGCUCCUAGCAGGAGCUGGGGCUGGUGUGGGUGGGGGGCAGGUUUUGCUGGGUGCACAAUUAAAGAAUCUGUUGGGAUAUCCGCUCUCCGUUUCUGGCUCCCGGAGAAGAAGGGCCAGCCUGGGUCUUGGUGUGUGGGGGCAGCUGGCUUGGGACUUGUCUUCCAGGGUUACACGCUCCCUGUAUGGGAAGACAGGACCCAGGAGUAGCCAGAGGCCUCGGCUGCAGC